ACGUUGCAACAGCAGGAAGUGAAGGCUCGACCUCUGUGAUGUUGUGGAGUUUCACAUGUUUCACAGUAAUGUAGUAAUUAUAACAUCCUUUGUUAAGUGCCUUCCAUUCAGCAACAGUACCGGAGAAAGUGGCGCUCAUGGCGGCCUCUGUAAACCGCUGUGUGUGCGCUCUUUCACGUCUCCAGCGUACAUCAGGUCGGGCUCAUCUGUACGCUGGUGCUGCCUUGUCAGUCCCACGUCCACGAACUGGACCUGUGGUCUUCACCAGGGCUCGGUCCUCUGGCAGCUCCUCCCCGAAACCUCCGGACACUUCGCUGUUCGUCCCGGUGGCUCUGAAGACCGACUCAUUCGCAGACGCAGGUGUUGGAGCAGAGCUUACACAGCCCUUGGAUAAAAGUGAACUUUUAAAAGUACUAAACCGCUUCUAUAAAAGAAAAGAGAUGCAGAAGUUGGCAGCAGAUAAUGGCCUCGAUGCUCGACUGUUUCAUCAAGCCUUCAUCAGCUUUAGGAAAUUUGUUUUGGAAAUGUCAUCUCUUCCUGCGGACCUGCACAUCGUUCUCAGUGAUGUUUGCUGUGGAGCAGGUCAUAUAGAUGAUCUUUUCCCAUACUUUAUGCGCCACUCCAAGCAAAUCUUCCCCAUGUUAGACUGCAUGGAUGACCUGCGAAAGAUCUCAGACCUCAGAGUCCCAGCCAACUGGUACCCAGAGGCCCGUGCAAUCCAGAGAAAAGUAAUUUUUCACGCUGGUCCCACAAAUAGCGGCAAAACAUACCAUGCAAUUCAGCGCUAUCUAGCUGCCAAAUCUGGAGUCUACUGUGGUCCUUUGAAACUUCUGGCUCAUGAGAUCUUUGAGAAGAGCAAUGACGCUGGUGUACCAUGCGACUUGAUAACGGGGGAAGAACGAACAUUUGUGGAUCCAGAGGGACGGGCAUCUGGUCAUGUUGCCUGCACCAUUGAGAUGUGCAGCGUCACUACAUCCUAUGAGGUCGCUGUCAUUGAUGAAAUACAAAUGAUUCGAGAUCCGUCCAGAGGCUGGGCUUGGACUAGAGCCCUGCUGGGUCUUUGUGCUGAGGAGAUUCAUGUGUGUGGGGAAACAGCUGCAAUAGACUUUGUAAGGGAACUAAUGUAUACCACUGGAGAAGAGGUGGAGGUUCAUAAUUACCAGCGUUUGACUCCAUUCUCAAUCUUGGAUCAAGCUUUGGAUUCAUUAGACAAUUUGAGACCAGGGGAUUGUAUUGUUUGUUUCAGUAAAAAUGACAUUUACUCCAUCAGCAGACAGGUAGAGGCUCGAGGUCUCGAAUGUGCUGUGAUUUAUGGGAGUCUACCUCCAGGUACUAAACUGUCCCAGGCCAAAAAAUUCAAUGACCCUGAGGACCCCUGUAAGAUACUGGUCGCCACAGACGCUAUUGGUAUGGGACUUAACCUGAGUAUUAAGCGUAUCAUCUUCAAUAGUCUAGUCAAGCCAAAUGUGAAUGAAAAAGGAGAAAAACACAUGGAGACAAUCAGCACCUCACAGGCUUUGCAGAUCGCUGGUCGAGCAGGCAGGUUCUCCUCAAAGUUUAAAGAAGGAGAAGUAACAACAAUGCACAGAGAUGAUCUUCCUGUCUUAAAGGAACUUCUGAGUCAGUCAGUGGAGCCCAUAGAGACUGCAGGUCUUCAUCCCACUGCUGAACAGAUUGAGAUGUUUGCCUACCAUCUUCCUGAUGCAACACUGUCUAACCUUGUGGACAUCUUCGUGAGCCUCUCUCAAGUGGACGGCAUGUAUUUUGUCUGCAACAUCGAUGAUUUUAAGUUUUUGGCUGAUAUGAUUCAGCAUAUCCCUUUAAAUCUGAGGUCUCGCUAUGUCUUCUGUACAGCCCCAAUCAACAAGAAACAACCGUUUGUUUGCACUUCUUUUCUAAAGUUUGCUCGUCAGUUCAGUCGAGACGAGCCACUGACAUUUGACUGGGUGUGUCGUCAUAUUGGCUGGCCUCCGCUCGCACCAAAAAACAUUAAGGAUUUGGUGCACUUAGAAGCAGUACAUGAUGUUCUGGAUCUUUAUCUCUGGCUAAGUUACCGAUUUAUGGACAUGUUUCCAGACACAAUAUUAAUACGACAAAUCCAGAAAGACCUUGAUCAAAUUAUUCAAGAUGGAGUUCGAAACAUCACUCGUCUUAUCAGAGCAUCGGAUCCUGUUACUGUCACUGACCCUCUCCAAAACGCCAAACCAGACCAAAUGGCCGACCGUGGUCUUUCUCUGAAGGUGCAGAGAGGGAGUAGAGCUGCGAUCGACAGCUCACUGACCAGCCGCCUUGUAAGAGACGGCCUCCUGACUCCUGAUAUGAUUCAACAGCUGCAGAGGGAAUGGUCCAAAGAAUCAGACACUGCAAAACACAGUGCUCUUACAAACAGUUUAAAAACUGACAAAGGAAAACAAAGGAAAAAGAAGAAAUAGAAGAAAUUCUGCAUAUUAUGGUCAUAAUGCCUCCGUGAAAAAUUAUGUUUGCUUAUUGUAUCAUGUUGAACUUGUUUAAAGGUCACCCACAGCUAAACUAAUAACAUAGAAGAAUUUAUUUUUAUAGUUAAAAUUGUGUUAUAACUUGCACAAUAACUCAAGGGAUUACAGCAUGUCAACCAUUUUAUUCAAUAAAACCUUUAGGGUAUAUUGCUAAAUAAAUAUAUAUUUAAAAUA